UAGAUGUUUAACUGUCUGGGGAGAUAUGCUCUCUCUCAGCCUCUAUGGAAUCUGCGAGGCCAGGAAUCAAAGGGAACAGAAUUUCAGAGUGUUAAUUUUACAGAUCAAAAGGGAACACAGUUUCACAACCCCAUCAAAUAUGUACUUGUGGUCGAGUUGGGACCUGAAUCCAAAUGGGCCAAUUUCAAUCCAGCCUUCCCAUGUUUAUAUCCAACUAGAAAAUCAAAUUAAUGGGUUUCUUGAAUGUAAAUGCCGGUAUUUGAGCCCUGACUCCUGUUUCCAUAUCCAUCAAUCUUAAGAGAGUCCUGUGGAGAACCUAGAAUGGGUCUCACCUGGAAAGAGGACAUCCUGGAGUCAGAAAAACUUGAACUGAAAUCCAAUCUCACAUGCGAACUAGCUGUGCAAACCUCACCACCUCAGUUUUCUCAUCUGUAAAAUGGGGAUAAUCACAAUCCUCCUUCCCAGGGUUGUGAGGAAGAAAUAAUAUUUGUCAAAUGGUUAGCAUAGUGCGGGCACGUAGUAGCCGUUAUGUAAAUGUUAACUGUUUCAUUAUUACCCAAAACAUUCUUGGUUCUUACAUGGGGGAGGGGCGUCCAUGAGCUUAGUCUUUUACUAUUUUGAUAAUUGCAUAUCAAUAUGACUUCUCCCUUUGCAAUGCCAUGUAAUUUAUUUCAUGAUUCUAAAAGCAUUAGUCUGAGAAAGGGUCUGGAGGAUUCACGAGACUUCCAGGAAAGUCCCCUGGGGACACAGAAAAGGUUAGGAACGGAGGAGUUAGAAGGAGCAUGGUGUAGACUGGGCUGUAAUAUUCGGGCUGGCUUUCUGGAGGUCCUCGGGAUCAGCCCCAGUCCUUGGUCUUAGUGGAGGAGUGAUGAAGGCCGGACAGCCACCACUAGCAGGGUCAAAGGUAGAAUGUCUCAUUUCCAGUCCUUCUUAGCCCUUAUGUACCUUAGUACAAUUACGUCAUUACAGCGCACUGAGCAUGUGUGAACUAGAGAACCAUUACGUCACGAUGCUAAGCGCUAAGUAUAGGUGUGAUCUAGAGAACCACCAUCUCCUCAAUUCCACUGAGUGAACACCGCGCUGUAAGUGUCCUUGUUUCACGUUUACUUCUCCAGAGUUCCGGCCCUCUACACUGUGCCUCCUUGCUACCUUAGGCAAAUAAGCGCCUAAUGUCCUCAGAGCCUCUGUUUCCCCACCAGGAAGAUUAAGAGGAUUCGCUUAAUUGACCGCUAAGGUCUUUUCCAGACCCAGGUAUAAUUUAGGAAAUGAAAGCUAGUCUCGCCCCUCCCCCUGAUGGUUAAUUACCACCAGUGCAGUUCUAGACAUUUCCACCAGGUGUCACCUGCCGCAAGGAUCAAUUAGCUCCAGCACGAAAGCUAACACCGGAAGCAGUUCCUCAUCCACCGAAAAAUAAGAUGUCGUGGGUCCGAUCCGCUGUGGCGUGACCGGUGCCGGGAGAGUAACCUGCCCGGCUCAGGGGGGUCGCAGCUUGGACAGCAGCGUGGCCGCAGCCGGCCCCGGGCCGCAGGCGCCUGCGCGGACUCCGAGCGCCGGCAGAGGAAGCUUGGCGGCGGAGAAGCCCCACGCGCGGAUAGGGAGCCGGGACGCUCCGAGAGACCGCAGCGCCCUCCAGCAGCAGCCCCGCGGCAGGCGGGAGAGCCUGGGAGAUGGGGAGAGACGAGCCGCCACGUCCGAGGAGCCGGUGAAUAGAGCCUGCUCGCGUGCGGAAGGAAGCCUCCCCCUCACCAAGCUAAAGCCCGCUACUCCCGAAGCCUGUGCUCUGUGUCCCCGGCAGCCCCGCACGCCGGCGCUCCUGCCUGCGCGCAGUACCCCCACACCUCGGGGGAGAAGCAGAGCUGGCCCAGGGCCGCCGGGGCAGGACGGCUCUGACGGGGAGCUUCAGGUGUAACCGGUUCGGAAACAGGACGAGAAGAACGCUAUUCAGCACUCACAUAUGAGCGCCCACUAUGGGCAGGCGCUGCUCCGUACUCUGCGAUCACGGAGACGAGAGUAUAAAUCGUGCCUUGGAGUGUUUACUUUUCACUAGAGAAAAAGAAGUUACGGAGAGAUAAGCCAGAGUCCCCUGGCGAGGGGGAGAUAAGCAGCCAACGCGGACUGCUUGGAGCGGCGUGCGCUCAGGAGAAAGGUCAUCAGUUACCCGCUUUCCUUCCCUUUGUAGCCCGGGCCACGUCCUGGGCCCCGCGGAGCCGGGAGCGACUUCUCGGGGACCCUGGCGGGCUUGCCCUGGGACGUGCCUCUCCGAGCCGGACCCGAGCACAGCCUCUGCGAUGAUCCAGAAGUCCAGGGCCCCGCUACUCAAAACUCAGGAUGUUGGAGACCGAGUGGAAACCCUUAUGUUGCAUCCUGCCAUAAAGGCCUUUCUCUGUGGUUCCAUCAGUGGGACCUGUUCUGCUCUUCUUUUUCAACCUCUGGACCUGCUUAAAACCCGGCUACAGACUCUCCAACCAGCAUACCAUGGGUCAAAACGCAUUGGAAUGGUAUCUUUGUUAUACAAGGUUGUUCGAACAGAGAGUCUGCUUGGACUUUGGAAAGGAAUAUCUCCAUCCAUUGCAAGAUGUGUCCCUGGAGUUGGGAUCUACUUUGGAACUCUCUAUUAUAUGAAGCAAUAUUUUCUCCUGGAGCAGUCCCCCACAGCCCUUCAGUCUGUCCUGCUGGGCAUUGGUUCCCGGGCUGUGGCAGGGGUCUGCAUGUUACCCAUCACUGUGGUCAAGGCGAGGUAUGAGAGUGGGAAGUAUGGCUAUGAGAGCGUCCAUGGCGCCCUGAAGAACAUCUAUCGCACUGAAGGACACAGGGGCUUGUUCAGUGGAUUGACAGCCACACUCCUCCGAGAUGCACCUUUUUCUGGGAUCUACCUGAUGUUUUACAACCAGACCAAAAAGGUUGUGAUGAAAGAUGAAUUGGACACAGCCCUCGUCCCCUUUGUGAACUUCAGUUGUGGGGCCUUUGCUGGCAUUCUGGCAUCACUGGUAACUCAACCUGCAGAUGUUGUCAAAACACACAUGCAGCUGUCUCCAGAGAAAUUUCGGAGAAUUGACCAAACUGUGACAAUCAUCUUCAAAGAUUAUGGGCUAGUGGGCUUCUUCCAUGGCGGUGUUCCCCGUGCCCUUAGGCGAACUCUUAUGGCAGCCAUGGCAUGGACGGUCUAUGAAGAGAUGAUGGCUAAGAUGGGUUUGAAGUCUUGAAAGAAUGGAGGGAGAAAUGGUGGGACCAGCCUGUUUCACUGCUACCAUCUGCUCCUUUGGGGCAAAACUGAGGUUGCUAAGCCAGAGCUCCAGGCAGAACUGAUUCACCUUCUGCAGUCAAUUUAUAAAGGACAUGGAAGUAUUUGACCGUUUGAAGCAUUCCAAGGGGCUCAACUUGCCAUAAACUGACUUUGGGUUGGGAAUGGGCUAAAGAUUUUUUGUAUACCAAGCAAAUCUACCUGUUCAAGGCACGUGGUACCCAGAAAAAAAGUUCUCUGUAGAAUCCUUUUCCUGGAGCCACCUACAUGUUUAGGAUGGGCUUUUGCCUAGUUGGAGGUAUACUUGUGACAAGACAAUUAGAGCCCAUUUAUUGGGCUGAGGGGAAUCUCUGUGAAUUGCAAUGUUAAAUUAUUGAGGAGCUGAUGAGUGGACACAAGACUUUCUCUAUUAGCAACUUUUGGUUUAUAACUAUAAGGGAGAAAAGAAACUCUUGUUUCAAUUGAGUUCUUAAUUGUUCUGAAGAAUAGAUAAAUUUGGAUUCCUCCUUGUUCCCCAUCAAGAUAAUUAACUUGUGUUUUGGCUUAGAAUGUUACUUUUGCCUAGACCCUAAGCUAGUUAAACAAGCUGCUUUGACAUUUUCAGCAGCCAAGGUUGGGAUUUGUGAAAUUAAGCACUUUAGCAUUCACAUUAUUGAAAGCUGCUUAGACUACUUAGCUAGUGUUUUUCACUUGUCUUAGAAUGAUACAAUCUUUCAGGAAGGAGGCCUUCUUUCUAAUCUAAUACUUGUAAUGAACACUGGUUUUUGACUCCAUUUCAAAUUAGGAAAACUUUUUGUGUUCUAUGUUGUGUAUAGCCAAAGCAAUAGAUCCAAAGACCCUUUUCAAGGGGAAAGAAUGAAGAUUCAGUAUUGCUAGUUUAGAAGCAUUUUAGGAAUUCUCACUGAAUUCCUGCCUCUCCACACCCAUGGAAAGCUCAGCGCUGCUUUCCCAGGUUUCACAAAAGCUCAACUCGGGUAUCUCCUGUACUUGGGCUAUUAAACGGGACAGAGACAACUAAGUUUACAUAUUUAAAUUCAGAAAUUAUUUAACUCUUAGAAUUUUCAUUGUGUUUCAUAUUAAAAUACCUUUCCCUUGACAGAAAAUAAGUAUUUUGGGAGGCAACGGGGAGGUGAGAGGUAGAGAGAAAUGUCUUUUUCUACCUGAGGACACCAAUGUGUGGUUUUGCCGAAUUCCCUAAUUUGACAUAAGCCGUUACAACCCUAUUCCUUUUUGUGCCAUAUGAUUGGGAGAAUAGGAAUAGACUAGGCUUUUGAGGAAUCUGAAAGGCAAGGCAAAUUUUGGUUUUGGUUUUGGUUUUUAAAUAAUAAGCAAUUUGCCCUUAUGAUGGAACUUUUUAUUUGUCCAAUAAUUGGGGUGAAGUCAGAUUAAAGUGGUAAGGGAUAGGACGUACCAUGCUUCUAAUUUUGGCACAUGUGAUGAGCUCUUUGGGUCAUUAAGUGGUUAUGGAGUUAUUUAUUGCACUUUUCCCCAGGCCUAUGUUAAGGUAGUUACUUAAUGGGUCUCCCUCUUGACAAAGGAAUGCUACAAUUUGCUUUGAAGAAAGUUUGACCUUGCUGAUUGUGGUGAAGUUCUUCAAUGCUUAUAUUUGGUAUUUUUACUCCCUAAGAAGGAAAGAAAGCUGUAUUGGGGAUUUCAUUUGUAUUUUUCCAAUGUGUGUGAUUUCAAAACUGGUAAAAAUGUAGUGGACUAACAGUCUUAACACCUUAUGUUGCGUGUGUUUCUGGCAUUACAUCAAAAUAAAACCUAAUGAAAAUGAGGUAAAUAGAAAAUUCUAAGGGUUUAUAUAGGUGGGAAAGUUAGCACUAAACAUGUGGCUAAGUCUCUAUUAUUCUGUUUCACCUCAUCCACAAAACCUCAAAAAGAGGAAAUAAAGCUCAUGUUGAGUGACCAAUUGCCUGAUUAAUAAAAUCAAAGUUUUAUGAUUGGAGGGGAUUUAUCUCUUCUUUCACUAGAUUCAGCAAGAACAGGAAGAUUUAGCAAUAGUUUUUUUUUAAGAUAAACAUCCAAUUUUGAGAGUCUUAACAGUUUAAGGAAGAAAAAGAAGAAAUCAAUUUUUAAACAAAAAAUUUUUCCUGUCUUUAGAUGAUACUGUAAAGAAAAAUAACUAGGAUUCAGUAUUUUAGGAACUUAGAAACCUUAGAAAGGUGAUGGGUAUGUGUGCCUUUCCCAAAGUUUUAUCUUAUUUUAGAAAUUAUUGACUUCAAUCAGAGUCUUUAGAGGAAUUACCAAUGAGAUAGUUACUACUGCCAUCAGAAUUCUAAAAGAUGAUUUCCUUCUGCUAUUUUUGCCCUAAAAUUCUGAGAGAGGAAAUUUUUUUUUUUUCUCUCAGAACUUUAACCUGCUGAUAUUAUUAGCAAAAACAUUUGAUAAAAUUGCAAGUGACUAUAAGAGAUAUUGAUUUAGGUGGGUGAGCUCUAGGCUUCAUGCCAAACUAAGCAUGUCUUGUAUAGUUGGAUUACUUUGGGAUAUGGGAAGGAAUUACAGGAAAGAUAGGAAAGCUAACAGUCCCUAGUGAUGGUAAUUAGGGCUUGCCUCUUGUCCUGGUAGGCCUUGGGCUGACCUUGUCUUUUGGGUGCAUGCCUUGGAAGACACCCAAAGUUCUGACCAUUGGAGAUCAUCUCGACAAGACAUAGCAGAAGAAGUCAGCCUCAUUGGGAGAUCUUCCAGCUCUGGGUAUACCCAACUUCUUUUUUGAAUUCACUGAAAUGGAAAUAUUUGUUCUUAAUACAUCUAUCUCCUUAGUGAUUAGAGAUGUGUAUAAAUUACUAUGUGGUCAGAUUUUUGAAGCUAUGUUUUUUUUCUCUGAUAUCCUUCUGGCUAAUCUCAACAUAGAUGGGAAGUAGGUGUCUGGUACAUGGAAUGGUCCAACAUUUUACAAAUCCUUUGUAUUUACUUCCUAGUGUUCAUAAGGGUCCAGCAUCAACCCAUGAUCAACUCAAGCCUCUGAAUACUUAGCAGAAGAACUUAAUAGUUUUGUUUUAGAUCUUGAAGGUAGCUCAUGUUAUUUAGGAAUCAAUUAGUUGUUUUCUUUUUUUUGAGUGGAAAAAAAAAAAGAUUUGAAAAGUGCCGUGCUGAUAGUUCCACAACCUUUCCAGAAAGGUUCCAAAAACCUAAAUUUCAACUAAGGCAUCAAUUGACGGGGACUGGGAAAUCCAAGGAGGUCGCUGAAGACUUACAGUGUAUGGUAUGAGACAUUUUAUGUUAUCACUAUAAUAUGAGAACAUAAGCCGGGAGAAUGAAGUACACAUCUGAUUUUUUUGUGUAAAAUUGCCUUGAAUAUUGUAGGCACCAUAAUGAGAUUGGUAAAUACUUUUUGGCAGUCUCCAAGUUGGACAGCCCAACAGAAUAGCAUCAUCUUUUGUUAGAAUAGAAACAUCUUGUCCAUUAUCAUCAGUUUUAAUGCUAUACUAGUAUUAUGUUCACUGAAAGAAAGGUGUUUCAACUUCCAUAGAAUUUGUAGAGUUAGUAACUAACCUGAUUUAGGAUGCUUCUGAAUUUCACACCAGUACUUCACUACAGAAUUUCUCAGAGAAUUCAGUAGCUUUUGUUCCAUACUCUUCUUGUUUUUGUAUUUUGCUGUCAUCCAUGACAAACCUCAGGAUUCAAAAGUUCAGAUUUUAACAAGUAAAUAGAAUUUGUUCAUUGAAAGAAAGUGCUUUUUGGGGCCUACUUGAUUUUGAAGGUAAUAAUUAGCUGAAUGCUUGAAAAAGGAAGUUAAAAUUAAGAUUAAUUUUUAUUUUAAUUUUUCAUAGACAAUAUGUAAUUUAUGUAUUCAAAAUUAUGUAUGAAUGCCUAAUAAUAAAAUGCUGGUAUUACAGUUAGGACCAGAGAUUAUCUAACAUGUUGAGGUUGCUUAUGUACUGAGUAUGUGCAUAUGAGUGUGUGUGUUUGAGAAGAUUUCAGAAAUGAAAAUUAGUGAACCAGAUGCUCUAUUUUUGUUUAGAAAUAAAAGUUUGUGGACUGUUAGGGAAAACAAAUAAGAAAAAAUGAUUACAUUAGAAAUGGUUGCUUUCAAAAUAGAAAACCUAAUUUGAAGUUAAAUUUAAAAUUUACUUUAGUUCUUGAUAUCUUUCUCAUUUUGAAUAAAUAUGUUUUAUUGGCAA